AUGGCUACCCCUAGUGUCCUAGCUUUUGACGCUGAGGGUCGCGCCAUUGAUUUUGAGGUCUGGUUAGACGACCUGCAGCUGUUCUUACAGUGCGACAGGGCUGACGACCUUUCUCUCUUUGACCUCACCUCUGGCGCCUCUCCUGCUCCUGCUGCUGAUGCUGAUCCCGCUGUCCGCUCUAAGUGGGCCACCCGCGAUGCUGCUGCACGUCUUGCUGUGCGUCGCCACCUCCCUACCUCUGAGCGUGCGCACUUUAGUCAGUACAAGAGUGCUCAGACCUUGUACGACGCUGUAGUUGCGCGCUACUCUUCCCCUGCCACUGCUGCACUGAGCCGUCUCAUGCUUCCCUACCUCUUUCCGGACCUCUCUGCCUUUCCCACUGUCGCUGACCUCAUUACGCACCUCCGCACUAGUGACACUCGCUACCGCGCCGCCCUUCCUGCUGAGUUCUGCGCUAAGAACCCCCCCCCCAUGUACAUCGCUCUCUACUACGUAGUCGCGCGCCUCCCUGACUCCCUUCGCGUCGUCAGGGACCACUUUCUCGCAGUCUGUCCCACCACCCUCACCGUCGACCUCCUCGAGAAGGCCCUCCUUGCAGCGGAGAAGAGCAUAGUCGCUGUAGGUGCUUCUCGUGGUGACCCUCGCACCCCCAUCUUUGAGGGGUGCUCUGCUUCCCCCUUGCUGCCCUCUGUUGCCUCUGCUGCUGCUGCCGACCUGCUUGGUCUUGAGUCGGUCGGCGCGGCGUCUGCCCCUAGUGGGAGACGUCGCUCCAGCAAGGGCAAGGGGGGCAAGGGCGCGGGUGGAGCUGGAGGGGGCGGUGGCGGUGGCGGCGGUGGCGGCGGAGGGAGUGGGGGUGGCGGCGGGGCUAGUGGCGGGGGUGGUGGUGGUGGUGGUGGCAGCAGCGGCGGAGACGGUGGUGGUGGUGCCAGCGGUGGUGGUGGAGGCAGCGGCGGAGGUGGAGGCGGCGGAGGUGGAGGCGGUGGAGGCGGCAGCGGAGGAGGCAGUGGUGGUGGAGGAGGAAGAGCUGGUCGGGGUGGUACCCAGCAGCGUAGCGGCGGUGGUGGUGGCCAGCGCUCGCACCGGCAGCAGCAGCAGCGCUCGCGGGACAUCCCUUCGCCUCAGCAGCUUCGUGAGUGGUACGCUGGGCGUCAGAGGGGUGGGGGUACUGGUCCCUGCACCUACGUUCUUCGUUCCGGCGACCGCGCGGGUGAGCAGUGUGGGGGUGCCCACGCCACCCAGCGCUGCUUUGGCCGCCUGACGGACGCCUGGCGUCAGCAGUUCCCUGGGGCUAGUGAGAUCCCUCGCUGGGAUGAGCUUCUCAGGGCUGGUGUAGCGAUCUUUGAUCUUGAUUUUGAUGCUAUCCGUACUGCUAUGUAUGUUGUGGAUUAUAGUGAGGAGAAUGAGGGUUACCGUUGUUUCCAGCCCGACCCGGGCAUUGGUACUGCUGCGCUAGGUGCUUGUGAGGCUGCUGGUCUAGGUGCCAGUGCGUCUGCGCUCUCAGGUACUGGUGAGACUGCGCUCUCAGGUACUGCGUCGUCCUCGUCCUCCCUCACUUUCACACUUGACUCCGGAGCUUCUCACUCCUUCUUUCGAGACCGCACUACCCUUACGCCGCUCGGCCGGCCGGUUGCAGUCUCCCUUGCUGACCCCUCUGGAGGUCCUGUCCUGUCUCACUUCUCCACUGUCCUCCCGUGUCCGGCUGCCCCUUCGAACACCCUGUCGGGUCUGUACCUUCCCUCGUUCUCCACGAACUUGGUGAGUGGAGCGGACCUGCAGGAUGGGGGUGUUCACCAGUUCACUCCUGCGAGUCAGCGGGUGGCUGCGUCGGGUCAGGUACUUGCGGCUGCGUCCCGGUCAGGUCCUGAGUCUGCCCCCUGUUCUUGUCGCCUCCUGUCUCACGAGACUCUCCUGUGGCACCACCGUCUUGGCCACCCCUCCUUGCCCCGUCUUCGGAGCAUGGCUUCCCGUGUCCUUGUCUCUGGUCUUCCCCAGUCUCUCCCUCCUCUCCCCUCCGGGCCAGGACCUUCCUGUGUCCCCUGUGUCGAGGGUCGCCUCCGGGCUACUCCUCACUCCUCCCACUUCCCCCCGACAGAGGCUCCCCUGCAGACGCUUCACAUGGAUGUGUGGGGCCCAGCCCCCGUCCGUGGGCAGGGUUACGAGCGCUACUUCCUGUUGGUGGUUGACGACUACUCGCGUUACACCACAGUCCUCCCCUUGCGCAGCAAGGGUGCGGUCACUGAGGUGCUGAUCGACUGGAUCCGCGAGGCCCGUCUCCAGCUCAGGAAGAGCUUCGGCUCGGACUUUCCUGUUCUGCGUCUGCACUCUGACAGAGGCGGAGAGUUCUCUUCUCGCCUUCUGCGAGACUACUGUCGUGCACGGGGGAUCCGCCAGACCUUCACGCUUCCGGACUCACCACAGCAAAAUGGGAUUGCUGAGCGCCGCAUUGGCAUGGUCAUGGAUGUCGCUCGUACGUCCAUGAUGCAUGCGGCUGCCCCCCAUUUUCUGUGGUCGUUUGCGGUGAGGUACGCGGCGCAUCAGCUCAACCUUCACCCCCGGGUCUCUCGGCCUGCAAUGUCCCCAGUCUUGCUGUGGACGGGGAAGGUUGGCGAUGCGUCUGUGUUCCGUGUCUGGGGAUCUCGGGCGUUUGUCCGCGACUUGUCUGCGGACAAGCUGUCCCCUCGUGCUGCUCCCUGUGUCUUCCUUGGCUUCCCCACUGACGCCCCAGGGUGGCAGUUUUACCACCCCUCCUCUCGUCGUGUUCUGUCCUCCCAGGACGUUACGUUCGACGAGUCAGUCCCCUUCUACCGUCUCUUCCCCUACCGCACUGCUUCCCUCCCCCCUCCCCCGGACUUCCUUGUGCCGGUUCCCCCCCCGGUAGACCCCCUCCCCCCUCAGGUUCCUGCCCCCUCAGGUGUGUCCCAGGUAGACGCCGUUGACCCGGUCGAGGUUACUGGUGACUCUGGUGCUGCUGCGGGUGCUGAGCCUGGGGGUGCUGACUCUGGGGGUACUGUGCGCGGGGGUGCUGAGCCUGGGGGUGCUACUGCUGGGGGUGCUGGGCCUGAGGGUGCUACUGCGGUGGGUGCGGAGCCUGGGAGUGCUGAGCCGGGGGGUGCUGUGCCUGGAGGUGCUGGGCCUGGGGGUGCUGGGUCGGGAGCUGCUGAGCCUGGGGGUGCUGAGCUGGGAGCUGCUGAGCCUGGGGGUGCUGCGUCUGGAGCUGCUGAGCCUGGGGUUUCUCCUGCUGCUGCGUCUCGCCGGGAGCCCCUCUCUCCACAGGAGCUGCGUGAGUGGUUCGCUCGCCGCUGGAGGCGUGCUGCUGAGUCUGGAGGUGCUGCUGGAGCUGGAGCUGGAGCUCCUUCGACCGUCGAGGGUGCGGGUGCUGCCGGUUCCGGAGCUGCUGGACCUGCGGGUCCUCCUGGAGCUGGAGCUGCUGAGGGCGUUCGUGCUGAGCCUGCUGCUGUUGGUCCUGCCGCUGGAGGUGUGGGUGGCGCUGGUGCUGUCGCUGAGGGUGCUGGUGCUGUCCCUGCUGAGUCUGGAGCCGCCGCGCGGCCUCGGCCGUACUUCUCGCAGUCCCUGCUGGAGCCUUCCUCUCCACUGCCUGCUCCCCCUCCUUACACUGGUCCUACUGGAGGUCUUGCUGAGCGUCGUGAGCCUGCGUCUCGUUCCGCGUUGCCUGUUCGUGCUGCUCGCGCUAGUGGUCGCAGUUCGCGUCAGCGUCGUCCUCCUGUUCCUGGCACGCACCGGAUGUCUUUGCGUCCGUCCACUGCUCCUCUGCGUGCCCCUUUGCCUUCUCCUCCUGAGUCCUCUCUUCCUGCGCUUGCCGACCCUGAGUCGGACUCUCUUCGUGCUGCCAGUCCUACUGUCACGCGUCUACUUGCUACUGUCGUCACUGACCCCUCUUUUGAGUCCACUGCUGCGUCUGCUCUAGUCGCUGAGCUCGUCGACUUUGCUGCUCGCUGUCGUCUCGACUACGCUGCUAGUCUUGUUGCUGAGUCUGCGUCUGUCUGUCCUCCGUCCGUCGGGGGUGAGUGUGCUCUUAGCACGGACGUCCUAGAGGACAGGCAGGAGGAGUUACAGUGUCUAGCGGCUGCUUCACCUCAUCUCGCGUCUGUACUGCUUGCUCCUGAGGGAGACCCGGAUGCACUAGACAUCCCGACUCCGCGCUCUUACGCGGAGGCCGUAGAGGGUCCCUACUCCUCUCAGUGGCAGGCAGCUAUGGAUGCACAGAUGGCUUCCUGGAAGUCCACAGGCACCUACGUUGACGCGGUUCCCCCUCCUGGGGCGAACAUCGUCAGUGGCAUGUGGAUCUUCAGGGUGAAGCGGCCGCCGGGCUCUCCACCUGUCUUCAAGGCGCGGUACGUUGCUCGUGGCUUCAGUCAGCGGCAGGGAGUUGACUACUUUCAGACCUUCUCUCCCACCCCGAAGAUGACUACUCUUCGGGUGCUGCUGCACAUAGCCGCUCAGCGCGACUACGAGCUUCACUCUCUCGACUUCAGCACUGCGUUCUUGCAGGGUAGCCUGCACGAGGAGAUCUGGCUUCGCCGUCCACCUGGCUUCACUGGGACUUUCCCUCCUGGCACCCAGUGGAGCCUCCGACGGCCAGUCUACGGUCUCCGCCAGGCACCGCGUGAGUGGCACGACACACUGAGGACUACGCUUGCGGCUCUUGGGUUUGCUCCUUCUACUGCUGACCCAUCGCUGUUUCUUCGUACCGACACUUCCCUGCCGCCGUUCUACAUCCUCGUGUACGUCGACGACUUGGUCUUUGCCACAGCGGACACUGCUGGACUCGCCUACGUGAAGUCCGAGCUGCUGAAGAGACACACGUGCACAGACCUGGGUGAACUGCGCAGCUACCUUGGCUUGCAGAUCACUCGGGACAGAGCACGCCGCACCAUUACCUUGACUCAGUCACACAUGGUGCAGCAGGUCCUUCAGCGCUUCGGCUUCACGUACUCCUUGCCUCAGGCCACUCCUCUGCCUACUCGCCACUCACUCUCAGCUCUGCCUUCGGAUGAGUCCGUAGAGUCGAGUGGUCCGUAUGCAGAGCUUGUUGGCUGCCUCAUGUACCUGAUGACCUGCACACGACCUGACCUUGCAUACCCUCUGAGCAUUCUUGCACGCUAUGUUGCUCCUGGGAGACACAGACCGGAGCACAUGGCUGCAGCUAAGAGGGUAUUGCGCUACCUGUGCAGUACGUCAGGUAUGGGGCUAGUGCUUGGAGGGCGGAGUUCAGUGGUCCUUACCGGCCACGCGGACGCUUCUUGGGCUGACGACCAGGCUACGCAGCGGUCGUCACAGGGUUACACCUUCAGCCUUGGUUCCGGCUCUGUCUCGUGGCGGUCUACUCGCUCGUCUUCGGUUCUCGGCUCCAGUUGUGAGGCUGAGAUCUACGCCGGGGCCAUGGCUGCACAGGAGCUUCGCUGGCUCACCUACCUACUGACUGACCUUGGAGAGCCGCCUCGUUCUCCUCCAGUGCUGUACGUAGACAACAAGGCUAUGCUGGCCUUGUGUCGAGAGCAGCGCUUGGAGCACAGAACGAAGCACAUUGCUCUCCGCUACUUCCUUGCUCGUGAGCUGCAGCAGCGUGGUCAGUUGCGACUUGCGUACGUGGCCUCUGAGGCCAACACUGCUGAUGUGUUCACCAAGGCACUCGCGCCUUGUGACCAUCAGCGCUUUUGCACCCAGCUGGGUCUUGUGCCUGUCUUGCCUCACUUGCUCUUCUCUUGA